AUGGGUUCUUGUACCAGCAUUGUUGCCAGUCAUACGAACGAGUUGGGCGAUGUGGUCCGAAGGCGGGCGAAGAAGAUCCUGGCUCCUACUUCUCACUCUUUACCAUCGGCCCCCAGGCUAUCUCCGAAGAAGAGGUUCAAGACUCUGAUAAAGAAGAAAAAACAAAAAUCCCUCGAAAAGGCAGAACGUCUCUUCCGAAAAUCAAAUUCAACAUUCGACGACACUUCCAAAAUAGAUCACCUGCGUGCAACAGAUUAUCCCACUCUUGACGGAGAGGGCCACAUCUAUUUGGACUAUACAGGUGGAGGACUUUAUGCAGACUCUCAGCUGCGAGCACAUCAUGAGCUCCUCGCCCGCAAUAUUUUUGGGAAUCCGCACUCCCUCAACCCAACUUCUAGCGCCAUCACGGAGCUGGACGAGCAGGCUCGAGCACGAGUCCUAUCUUUCUUCAAUGCAUCCCCUGACGAGUAUGCCGUUGUCUUCACACAUAACGCAUCUGCCGCUAUGAAAUUGGUGGGUGAAUCAUAUCCCUUCUGCCCAGGUGCAGAAGUCAUAUUGCUAUGGGACAACCAUAAUUCUGCGCAUGGGAUUCGUGAAUAUGCUCGCUCCAAAGGUGCCACCAUCUCAUAUAUUCCAGUGUCGUCGGAUGAGCUGCGCGCGGACGAGUCAGUGGUCGAAAACGCCCUUCUUCCCAAAGAUGAGAAAAUUAGCAAUUCCCGCCUAUUUAUCUAUCCUGCCCAGUCAAACUUCUCAGGUAUCCAACAUCCACUCGAGUGGAUUGACAAGGCCCACGAACAGGGGUGCCAUGUUAUGCUCGAUGCUGCUGCUUUUGUUCCGACUAACCGCUUGGACCUCUCUCGCUGGCAUCCUGAUUUUGUACCCGUAUCCUUCUACAAGAUGUUUGGAUAUCCAACCGGUGCGGGGUGUCUAAUUGCUCGCAGGGAGGCAUUGGCACAUUUGAAAAGGCCAUGGUUUGCUGGCGGCACUGUCUGGGGUAGCUCUGUUCAGGCCGACGGGCACGUCCUCUUGGAGGGCCACGAAGCUUUUGAGGAUGGUACAAUCAACUACCUGAACCUCCCAGCCGUGCACAUCGGCCUCAACCAUCUAGCGAGAAUUGGAAUGGAGACUAUCCAUGAGCGUGUUGUGUGUUUAACAGAUUGGGUGAUAAAAGAGAUGCUUGCCCUCCGCCACUCUAACGGUGUUGCGGUCGUCAGGCUCUACGGAGCGCCCAACACACAUCGACGUGGCGGAACCAUAACAUUCAAUUUCAUAACACCCGCGGGUGAAGUGGUCGAUGAGCGUAUCGUCGAGAAACUUUCUUCUGCUGUUAAUAUUUCCUUGCGCACGGGCUGCUUCUGCAAUCCUGGUGCCGGAGAAGCUGCCCUCCGUCUCACCCAGAAGGUUCUUGUCAACGCGUUCAAUGGCGAGGCAGAAAUGGAGAUGCAUAGUGGUCACAAGAAAGCCUGGGACGACUUCUUGGACGAUAUGGGACUACCCUCUGGCGGGGGUAUCCGCAUCUCGCUUGGGCUCAUGUCCAACUUCGCCGAUGUUUAUCGAUUCGUUCAAUUCGCCCACACCUUCAUCGACACCGUUCCAGUGGUUGAGAAACUUGCUCCACGGUUGCAUUGCUAA